GAUUUGCUGUUCAAGAAACAGUUCUUAUUAUUAUUAGUGUUUUCUGUAUUCUUUAAUAAAUAGAAUGUUCACAAGAACAGUAUUAUUUGAACACUAAUUACUUUAGUAACAUUGUCUUAACUCAUUUUUGAUGAGUUUAAUACAUCCUUUCUGAAUUAAAGUAUGAAUUUCUUUAAAAUAAACAUCUGACCGCAAACUUUUGAAUGGUGGUGUUCAUACAAUACACCAUAGACAUGCAUUGUAAAUGGAUAAAAUCAACCCCUGCCAAACGUAAAAAUAAAAAACAACUCAAAAAUUCUUCAUAUUAUCGAAGUAACAUUUAUUGCAAAUUGCAUUUUAAAUGGUAUAACCUUCUCAUUGGACCUGGAGUCAAGAAUUGAAACCCUGAAGCCCUGGACUGUACUUGAUCUGCACUGAAGGUCAUUUUCGGUGUUCAAACCUGAAAAGAGCAGAAUUGUCUUUUUAAAUGAAUUUUAAAUAUGAAUACUGUCUCUCUACCCAAUGUUUUGAUGGUCUCUAAAACCGCUGACAUUGGCAUUUGGUUUGUGCAUGUAUUGAGUAAUAUCUCUUUAUCGUAAAACUGUUUGCUAUUUAAAAAUGCAUUACCCAAUAAUAUUUUUUUAAUCAGUAAAGGUAGAUAUAAAUAGAAUUUGUAUCUGUUUUUUUGUAAUAGUUGUCAUAGUUGUGAAAAUGAGACAAAUGCGGAAAAAAAAGCCCUGAAAAUCUUUUGAUGAGGUUUUAAGUUGUGUUUUUUUUGGCUGACUUUGAUGCGGUGUCUUUUGGGAGGCGAUAUGACUAAGCCGUGUAAAUCCCUGUCUGCUUCAGGACAAGCUGUGAGACAGAGAUGGCAUCGAGCUCUCACAGUCCAACAACGCAAACUGGGGAAGAUCACACGGACUGACAGCCUUCACUCAGGAAUGCCCUUUAGUAGCUCUAUAGUAUGACAACAACAAGACUUAUGCUAAAGAUAGCAGGGGUGAAAGCAAGUCCUCUAGCGCCGAUGGUCGUAAUGAGGAACGCAGCAAAAAGAAAAGACGCAGCGGUAGUCGUAGUCCGAGUCCGGGUCAUCGGAGGAGUAGAAGUGGGGGCCGCAAGAAGAGCCGCGAGCAACGCAGGAGCCGGAGCCGCGAGCGGAAACGUUCACGGAGCAGAGAACACAAGCGCUCGCGAUCCCGCAGCAAGGAUCGGGGCGGACGUUAUCGUGGACACAAAAUUCCCUUUAUGGGGCCGAAAUUAAAUGGUGUUCCCGGAGGGAAGACUGGCCCACAACAUUUCACCAAACACAGUCGCAGGCGCUCUAGGAGCAGAAGCCCAUUUAAGAAGGACAGAAGCCCGUUUAAGAAGGACAGAAGCCCGUUUAAGAAGGACAGAAGCCCGUUUAAGAAGGACAAAAGCCCAUUUAAGAAGGACAAAAGCCCUGUCAGGCAGCCCAUAGAUAAUCUGAGCCCAGAGGAGAGAGACGCCCGCACAGUGUUCUGCAUGCAGCUCGCUGCCAGAAUCAGACCCAGAGAUCUGGAAGAUUUCUUCUCUGCAGUGGGAAAAGUCCGUGAUGUAAGGAUGAUCUCGGAUAGGAACUCUCGGAGGUCGAAGGGCAUUGCCUACAUUGAGUUUGUGGAUGCGACAUCGGUACCGCUGGCGAUCGGCCUGACGGGGCAGAGGGUUCUGGGAGUGCCUAUCAUAGUCCAAGCUUCACAGGCUGAGAAGAACAGGGCAGCAGCCAUGGCUAGCAUGCUCCAGAGAGGUGGUGCAGGACCCAUGCGGCUGUACGUGGGCUCCCUGCACUUCAAUAUAACUGAAGACAUGCUCAGGGGCAUUUUUGAGCCAUUUGGAAAGAUUGAGGGCAUCCAGCUAAUGAUGGACACUGAGACUGGCAGGUCGAAAGGAUACGGAUUCAUAUCAUUUGCAGAUGCAGAAUGUGCUAAAAAAGCCCUGGAUCAACUAAAUGGUUUCGAGCUUGCAGGACGGCCAAUGAAGGUGGGUCAUGUUACUGAGCGUUCUGAUGCCUCAUCUGCAAGCUCCUUCCUGGACAGUGAUGAACUGGAGAGAACUGGCAUUGACUUGGGCACAACAGGUCGACUUCAGCUGAUGGCAAGACUCGCAGAAGGUACAGGACUGCAGAUUCCUGCUGCUGCUAAGCAGGCCUUACAGAUGAGUGGCUCUGUGGCAUUUGGAAAUCUCGCCAAUGCCUCAACCACACAACCUCUUAUUCCCAAUCCUGGGAUGAACCAAGCUAUGAACCUUCCAAGUCAGCCACUUGCUACACACUGCUUGCAGCUCUCCAACAUGUUCAGUCCACAAGCGGAAAACGAUCCUGGCUGGGACCUGGAGAUAAAGGAUGAUGUAAUCGAAGAGUGCAGAAAACACGGAGGCAUUGUUCACAUAUACGUCGACAAGAACUCUGCUCAAGGAAAUGUUUAUGUAAAGUGUCCAACCAUCCCAGUAGCAAUGGCUGUUGUUGGCGCCCUGCACGGCCGGUGGUUUGCAGGUAAAAUGAUCACAGCAGCCUACGUGCCUCUUCCUACGUACCACAACCUGUUUCCAGAUGCUGCCACAGCCACAGAGCCCCUGAGGCCCAUGCACCGGUGAUCCACAGAGUGACCCCUGCUGACCCCGCUUCGUCUGGAUCCAUAUGCUUACCCUGAAACCCCUUCCCAAAUGAACAGAGACAGUCCUGUCAUGGAGGGCCGUCUAAUGGAUGGAGUUAGAUUUCACAGUUGGACUAUAUUUUCAUAUUGUAUUUUAGCAGGGGUGUUGUUCUGCCGUUAGCAUCACCUUCUCUGCGUUUCGCAAGCUUCAGACCAGCUCUCAGCUGUAUGUACAGUGGUCUAUUGAUAAGUGAAAACCUGUAACACCGUCGCUCUCUCUAGAUGAGCUCUUGACUCCCGAAAACCGGGUUUUGAAGGAGGUUCUGGUGUUUUUUUGAAAGGUAUUUCUGUUUGUUUGAUUUUCCUUAUAAGGUUUCUCUUUCUCUGUUUGGUCUUCAAGUCAAAGUUUUCAUCAGUCUUUAUCUUGCCAUGACUGACAUUGUGUUGUAAACUAAUGGUUCAUUUUCCUUUGUUUCUUUAUUUUGAAGCAACAAAAGACAACCAAGAAAAAUAAAUGAGAUUUUUUUUUUCUGCAGUAUAGUUGAGCUGUUUAGCUUUCUAAAACAUCUUUGAAUUUAUAACGUUUCAUAAUCAAGAAUUGAUUUUUCUAAAAUCUUCUACUGAUUAAAUGACUUUCACAACACUGUAAAAUGAGUUCUGUCUUUGUAUUAAUGCUGUUAUUAAGGGAUAUAGACAGAGCACCUCUAGAGGGAGAUGUUAGUAUGGUUUACACUCUAGUUGAUUGAAUAAUGAAGUGUUAAAGGGAUGAUUCACAAAACUAAUGUUGUUCCAAACCUAUAUGAGCUAUUUUGAGAAAUUAUUUGUAUUUUAUUUUUUAAUCACCAAAGCUGUUUGGUUAUAGACAUUGUUAAAAAUAUCUUCUUGUGUAGAAAAGUGAAAGAAAGAUUAAAGUCAUACAGUUUCG